AUGGCUCAGCAUUACCACCUAUCCUCUCUUUUACUACUUGCAUUUCUCAAUAUAUUCUUCAUUCAUGGCAACAUAAGUAGCGUGAUUGCACGCCACCUCCUAGAGACGCCCGUUCCUGAGAUACCUAAACCAGAACUCCCAAAAGUUCCAGCCUUGCCAAAGUUUGAAAUCCCAACUGUGCCGAAGCCUGGGCUUCCAACCAUACCAAAGCCUGAGAUCCCCGCUGUUCCAAAACCCGAGCUACCAACUUUCCCGAAACCUGAGUUACCAACUUUGCCAAAGCCUAAGAUCCCACCUAUGCCAAAGCCCGAGAUUCCUGCAAUGCCAAAACUAGAGUUUCCUCCCUUGAAAAAGGCAGAAAUUCCAGCCGUGCCAAAGACUGAGGUUCCUCCCAAUAGCGAAGCUAGGAUUUUUAAUAAGGGGGUUCAAAAUCUAAAGAACUAA